AACCUCCCGCCGCCAUGUCGACCCAAGCCGAUCAGCUGAAAGCGCUCCGAAUCAAGACGGGAACCGUGCAACGUCUCGUCAAAGAAGUCGCCUAUUACGAGAAGCAAGUUGUGAAGGAGGAGCAGAAGGCUGCCCAACUCGCCGCCGACGCCACCAACGAGGACGAGGAGUAUGUUGCCAAGAAGUCGAAGGAUAUUGUUAAGGAAACUGCCAACAUGGUCCGCGAUUCUCAAUCACGUCUCCAAAAAGCUGUGGCCGACCUCCGUGAAUCGAUUGCUUCUGGGAAUUAUCCGGAGGAAGCCGCAGAAUUCGUCAAUGCGAAGACGCUUGUGGACUCCAUUUCUGCUUAAUUUAUGAUACUCUUUUGUUAUUUUGGGAUUUUCGGUGAUUUAUGAUGAAUAAUUAUUGCAUU